GAGCAGUUUCUUUGGAUUCUCUCUCUAGAAAAUCUGAUUUCUCUUUCUCCUUUUCUACUGAUUCGUUCUAGCUUAAUGAUGUAUUGAAAGAGAAAUCGCGUUUCAAAGAUCGUAAAGGUGCAAUGAAUUUGAAGAAAAGCUACAGUUUACUAUGCACAUUAAUAAUCGCUUUACUUCUUUUCAACAAUCCAUCCACCGUUACCGCCGGCGAUAUAGUUCACGACGAUGAUGCAGCUCCAAAGAAACCUGGCUGCGAAAACGAUUUCGUUUUGGUGAAAGUUCAAACAUGGGUUGAUGGAGUGGAGGAUGAAGAGUUUGUUGGAGUUGGGGCUCGUUUUGGUACUACUAUUGUUUCGAAGGAAAAGAAUGCGAAUCAAACUCCUCUUAGACUUUCAAACCCUCGUGAUUGUUGCAGCCCCCUUAAGAACAAGCUUGUUGGAGAUGUGAUCAUGGUUGAUCGAGGUCAUUGUAGAUUCACAACCAAGGCCAACGUUGCAGAAGCUGCAGGUGCUUCAGCUGUCCUUAUCAUAAACAACCAGAAAGAGCUGUACAAGAUGGUCUGUGAACCCGACGAAACUGAUCUUGACAUACAUAUUCCUGCCAUCAUGCUUCCUCAAGAUGCUGGUACAACUUUGGAGAAAAUGUUGAUGAAUAGUUCAUCAGUGUCUGUCCAACUAUACUCUCCUCGGAGGCCGCUUGUUGAUAUAGCUGAAGUGUUUCUAUGGCUUAUGGCCGUUGGUACCAUCAUAUGUGCAUCUUUCUGGUCUGCAUGGAGUGCAAGACAAGCAGCUAUUGAGCAUGAUAAGCUAUUGAAGGAUGCUUCAGAUGAAUUUCCAAUCACCAGUGAUGAUGGUGGCAGUGGAAGUGGUUCAGUGGAUAUUAACACCACGUCAGCAGUCUUGUUUAUUGUUGUUGCUUCGUGCUUUUUGGUUAUACUUUACAAAUUAAUGUCGGGUUGGUUCAUUGACCUUCUGGUUGCACUUUUCUGCAUUGGUGGUGUAGAGGGUCUGCAAACAUGCAUUGUUGCCUUGUUAUCAAGGUGGUUCAAACAUGCUGGAGAAUCAGUCAUUAAAGUUCCUAUAGCUGGGCCCAUCUCACACCUUACAUUGGCUGUCUCACCAUUCUGCAUAGCUUUUGCUGUUGUUUGGGCAGUUUACAGAGAUGUUUCAUUCGCUUGGAUUGGCCAAGAUAUACUUGGAAUUGCCUUAAUUAUUACAGUUCUUCAGAUUGUGCGAGUGCCUAAUCUGAAGGUGGGUACAGUUCUACUCAGCUGUGCCUUCUUCUAUGACAUAUUUUGGGUAUUCGUUUCCAAGAAGUUGUUCAAUGAAAGUGUGAUGAUUGUGGUAGCUCGUGGUGAUAAAAGUGGAGAGGAUGGAAUACCGAUGUUACUAAAAAUCCCUCGAAUGUUUGAUCCAUGGGGUGGUUUCAGCAUCAUUGGCUUUGGUGAUAUCCUCUUGCCCGGCUUACUCAUAGCAUUUUCACUCAGGUACGACUGGCUUGCGAAUAAGACUCUCCGAGCCGGUUAUUUCUUAUGGGCAAUGAUUGCUUAUGGAUUAGGUCUUCUUAUUACCUACGUUGCACUUAAUCUAAUGGAUGGACAUGGGCAACCGGCUUUACUCUAUAUUGUACCAUUUACACUAGGGACAUUUUUGACAUUGGGGUGUAAGCGGGGCGAUUUGAAGGUCUUAUGGUCGAAAGGUGAACCAGAAAGACCUUGCCCUCACCACGUACAACUUCAGUACAUUAAGGAUGAAUCAAACGAGGAUGAUUAAGCAUGAUAUCCCGGGUUCUUAUCCUAUGUACACUAUGGACGCUUGUAUUUCUAGCAGCAUUGUUGUAAUUUGUAAGUGUUACUUUAUUUUUUUUCAAAGCUUACCAUUAUGUAUAAUUAUCAAUUAGGUAAAAUUAUUGUGUAUUUUAUGUAAGGGUAACAAAUUAACUGUAGGGUUAUGUAAACUAAUAUUGAGAAGUAUUGUUGUAACUCUUAAAUGAAUAAUAAUAAUAAUAUUA